AUGUCGAGCAAAAAAAGAAAGUGGUCGGACGAAUAUGUACAAUAUGGAUUCACAUGUAUAACGGAACAUGAUGGGAGUCAGCGUCCUAACUGCAUUAUUUGCAAUGCCAAGUUGAGCAAUUCUAGUCUAGCACCAGCAAAACUAAGAGAACACUUCCUUAAGCUGCAUGGAGAUGGAAAAUACAAGAACACAACGCUCGCUGAAUUCAAGGUGAAGAGAGCCAGAUUCGAUGAAAAGGCUACUUUGCCUGUUCUCGGCUUUGUACCCAUCAACAAAUCGAUCCUCACAGCAUCGUACGAAGUUGCUUACCUGAUCGCAAAGCAGGGCAAACCACACACCAUUGGUGAAACACUCAUAAAACCAGCUGUGUUGAAGAUGGCGAAUAUCAUGCUGGGAAAAGUGGCUGAAGUUAAGUUAUCCCAAAUUCCUCUUUCAAAUGACACCAUCAACGACAGAAUAGAGGAUAUGAGCAAAGACAUCUUGGCUCAAGUAGUUGCAGAUCUGAUUUCAAGCCCGGCAAAAUUCAGCCUUCAACUCGACGAGACCACAGACGUUUCCAAUCUAAGCCAGCUUGCUGUAUUCGUGCGCUAUGUGAAAGGCGACUUGAUAAAGGAAGAUUUUUUAUUUUGUAAGCCUCUUACAACAACAACUAAGGCAGCCGAUGUGAAGAAACUUGUGGAUGACUUCUUCAAAGACAACAAUCUUUCGUGGGAUAUGGUUUCUGCAGUUUGUUCGGACGGAGCUCCAGUCAUGCUGGGAAGAAAGUCUGGUUUUGGUGCGCUAGUGAAAGUUGAUGCACCACACAUCAUUGUUACGCAUUGUAUUCUGCACAGGCAUGCGUUGGCAACAAAAACCUUACCUCCAACAUUGGCAGAAGUAUUAAAAAUUGUAGUGGAAUGCGUGAACUAUGUGCGAAAUAGUGCUCUGAGGCACCGCAUCUUCAGUGAGCUGCGUAAAGAAAUGGGCUCUGAAUUCGAGGUACUUUUGUACCAUUCUAACGUUCGGUGGUUAUCCCGGGGACAGGUGCUGAAUCGUGUUUUUGCCCUGCGUGUGGAAUUAGCCCUGUUUUUGCAAGAGCACCAACAUUUUCAUGCAGAUUGCUUCAAAAAUUCUGAGUUCAUUCUCAUUUUAGCGUACAUGGCUGAUAUCUUCGCAGCUCUCAAUCAUUUCAAUCAACAGAUGCAGGGCGGUGGAGUCAACAUCAUCGAAGCGGAAGAAGAAAACCUGAAGGCUUUUCAAAAAAAGCUACCGUUAUGGAAACGACGAAUAGAGAACGAUAACUUCCCCUGCUAG